GGCGCGGCGCGGCGCGGCGCGGCCCUGCCCGGCUCGGCUCGGCUCGGCUCGGCGCGGCGCGGCUCGGCCAUGGUGGAGCGCGCAGACGAGGCACCGUUGCUCUUCUGGGCCGAGGGCCCCGCCGUGUCGGCGCCGCCGCCCGCGGCCGAGGCGGGCAGUGGCGGCGGCGGCGGCGGGGGGCGGCGGCUCGGCGGCGGCUGGAGCGCAGCUCCGUGGGGCGGCGCGGAGGCGGCGGGGCCGCCGCGGGCGGAGGCGGAGGAGGACCAGAUCGUGGCCGUCUUCGUGGUCACCUUCGACCCCCGCACGGGCAACAUGGUGGAAUGGUGUUUACCCCAAGAUAUUGAUUUGGAAGGCGUGGAGUUCAAAUCCAUGGCAAGCGGGUCCCACAAAAUCCAGUCAGAUUUCAUUUAUUUCCGGAAAGGGCUCUGUUUUGGCCUGGCCUGCUUUGCCAACAUGCCUGUGGAGAGUGAGUUAGAGCGUGGUGCGCGCAUGAAGUCUGUGGGGAUACUCUCCCCUUCCUACACCCUGCUGUAUAGGUACAUGCACUUCCUGGAGAACCAGGUCAGACACCAGCUGGAGAUGCCAGGGCACUACUCCCAUCUAGAGGCGUUCUAUGAUGACAAAAAAGGAGUUCUCCCUGAUAGCAGGGGCACUCCCACCUCUCAGCAACCUGUCCACUGGCUGCCGUCCAUCCACAGAUACAUGUACCCAGAGAUGAAGAUCACACACCCUGCUGGCUGUAUGUCUCAGUUCAUCAAAUUCUUUGGUGAGCAGAUCCUUGUCCUCUGGAAGUUUGCCCUGCUGCGCAAGCGCAUAUUGAUAUUUUCUCCGCCCCCAGUUGGAGUUGUCUGCUAUAGAGUGUAUUGCUGCUGUUGCCUUGCCAAUGUUUCUCUACCUGGUCUUGGAGGAACUGUCCCAGAGUCCAAACCAUUCUUCUAUGUGAAUGUGGCAGACAUAGAAGUGCUGGAGACAGAAGUAUCAUAUGUGGCCUGUACAACAGAAAAGAUCUUUGAGGAGAAACGGGAUCUCUAUGACGUUUAUGUGGACAACCAGAAUGUGAAGACGCAUCAUGAGCAUCUGCAGCCACUCCUGAAAAUUAACAAUGCUGACAAGGAGAAGUACCGGCGGCUCAAUGACCAGAGGCAGAUGUUAAUGUAUUCUCAAGAAGUGGGUGAGGACUGUAGCUCCUGUGAAGAGGACCUUUUCAUCUUGUUUUUCAUGGAGCAGAACAACCGCAUAUUUCAGACGCUGAUGGAAGUGUCAGCCAGCCAGGACAAGACACUGACAGCUGACCACGCACGAGGCAUGGGCCUGGAUCCCCAAGGGGAUCGAAGUUUCCUUAUGGAUCUGCUGGAAGUGUAUGGCAUUGAUGUUAUGCUAGUCAUUGACAACCCCUGCUGCACUUAAACCAAGGACAAGAAAGAUGGGGAGCAAAGAUCACUUUUUAAAGACUGUCAGACAUUGCUUAGGAGUAUCACUGGAACUCACCACAGCCACUGGACAGAUCUUAUUUAAUGACUUUAUAUGGAGAGUAUUUAUAAUUUUAAAACAAAAUGUGAUUUUAUUUUCUCCCCUUCAA